AUGAUACCAUUCUCUACUGCCGCCUCAACGAGGAGAAAUGGAAAACCCCCUUCGUGUGAACCUUGUCGCACUCAGAAAGUGCGAUGUGACCACGCACUUCCCGUGUGUGGUAGAUGCUACUCACGCGGAAUCGCCAAGGACUGCACUUAUCACCCCGCACCUUUAACUAAGCAAGCGGGUGCUCAAGGGAGCUCUCAUGAUUUGCAUCAUGAGCCGGCAUCCCCGCUUGUUUUCACCAAUUAUAAAGCGUUAUUUGAUGAAAAUAGAUCAUUGCUUCAGGGUCUUCUGCUCGAUGAGACCUCAAUCCUAUCAGACGACCCAGCAGUUCCAAGAGCUGAGGAUAUCUUGUCUGGCUCCAAGAUCCUGCUCUUCCUUCAAAGCUCAAGUGUCUUUAUACAAUUAGUAGACUUCUACUACCAGCAAAGCCAGGUUCCUAUCCUUCCCCACAUCAUGGCUCGGUCUAUUUGCUCUUCAGCACACAAUGUGCUUGGUGCUUCGUCGGUCACUGAUCCGCUUUCACAAGGGGUCCAGGUUGUCGCAAACAGAAUAUGCUUCCAGUCUUGUCGGAAGUUGACCAUAGGCGAGAAAAUGACAAUGCAAAACUACUGCUCACAAUUCACCGGCAAUAGUUUGCGAUGGGAAUCAGUCGGGAAUAUAUUUGCCAUUGCUGGUAUAUGCCUUAUGUCACUGGAAGAUGCGGAUCCCUUAUUGCUGGACGACAAUGGCAACCUUUGGGCCAAGACCACGCUUGCACAUCAGCUUAUAGAUGCUUGCGACAAAUGCGCAACGCUUUGCAUACACUCUUCGCAGGCGGCAAGUGAAGUAUCAGCUGCUUUCCUGUGCAAUAAUAUACAGCUCUUGACCAUGGUGCUUGGAGACGGGAACCAGCGCGUAUGGGAUCGCCUUACGGAACUUUCCGGACUUGUAUACAGCGGGGAACUUCACCUGGAUCGGAACACCCACCCAAUCUUUCUCCGGCAGUGGAGAAGGAGAAUUUUUGCGGCUGCCUUUUUCAUCGAUAAAGCGGUAUCUACCUUCAUCGGAAGGCCACCUCUCAUUAACUGGCGGUACUGUGACAUGACCCCUCCGCAGGAUGUCAGUGAUGAAGACUUGGUCUCUCUGGAAGGAAGAUCAGCCGAGCCUCAGUGGAAUCAGCAUGGCUGGCGCAUACCAAGCCGCUUGAGUCCAUGCUCAUUCAUCCGUCUGCGCUUCAUGAUCUCGGCUCUACGAUCGGAAAUUUUGGAGGUUUGCAUGGGGAUGAAUAGCUCCGAUGUCGAGCAGCGAGCAAGAGAAUUGUUACGUAGAGUAGUGGCCUUUCCAGAAAAGGUCCCGUCUUAUAUGCGAUUCGAUACAGUCGCCGAGUCGCAGAACCCCCAAGGCAUGACAAACCACGAUCGCAUGGUUCUCCUAGCGCAUCUCGAUAUGAAGUACAACAGCUUUCUUCUCCAGCGAUCUAUCCUGAAAAGAACGAACACGGGCCUCAGGGCCCUGUUACAGUCUUGCGAGGAAAUUUUAACGGCUAUAUCCAAAAUUUGCAAAGAAUACGAGAAUAUUUCUGCUCUUAAGAAUGACUUUUCCUGGGCUGUUUUGUUUUACGGCUUGCCCUGUGCUGGCUUGAUUGCAUUUGAAUUGGUCAAAGGCCCUCCACACCAUGGCUUGUCCCGACUCAUUCCCCUUCUGAGUGUUUUUGCAUCCUCUCUUCGGUGGAUAGCUCCGCUCAACUAUGGAAACUACACAAUUUGUCGGCAAGCGGAGUUUCAACUUAGCCGUAUCCUCGAUGCUGCUAUUGAGCGUCAGUUCACCUCGGAGGAUCCUGUUCACUUUGCCAAUCAGCUUGCUGUUGCCGAUUCUUCCGCGCUGCAGUUUCUACCCCUAGACUCUUUGGACUUCUUGGAUCCUGCGGUUCUCUCAAACCAACAGGAAGAGUUUUCAAGCAUCGACAUAUUUUGA